GUUGCCAGGCGGGCUGCCUCGCGCCUCCGAAGCAGAUUGGAGAGUUUGGGUGGAGAAAACCCAUCAUGGAAAUAAAAGGGCUUAUUGAGGAACUGAUGAAUGGGGAGACCUUAUCCGAUGUCUCAGAAGUCACUGAGAAGUUAUUUAGUGCGAUAGAAAAUGUGAACACAGAAAGUGGGAGUCAGAAGGUUGAGAUUGAAGAAAGUGCAGUCAACUUAUGGAACUGGACUGUAGCAAGAAAAACAGGCCCUGCUAUCAGUGAUGUGCAAAGAGUUAAGUUGCGCCAUGCCGCCUGCAAACUGAUGGUGACUUGUGACGCCAGUAACCCAUCUGAGGACGUGCUACGACGGCAGAUUUUGAUGGCUAUGAAGACUGGAAGAGGUUGGCUGGACGUUGGAAACGCUACCCUUGCUGAUGAACUUCUUGAGGUUGCCAUGAAGAGUGUGGAGAGGCUGUAUGCCCAGCUGGCCAAGAGGAGCACGAGUGAGGCUGACACGCAUUCACACAAAGCUGAUGUGGAGAAGGACGUGUUCAGGGUUCUCUCCUAUCAAGCUGAAUCUGCAGUCAUUCAAGGGUCUUUUCAGAAAGCCACUGCAUGUGUUCAGCGGUGCAAAGACAUCCUGAUGAGGCUGCCGAGAGAGACCUGCUACCUUUCCCUCCUGUGCUACAACUUCGGUGUGGAAACCUAUGAACUGAAGAGACAUGAGCAGAGCUGCUUCUGGCUCAGCCAGAGCUACGAAAUUGGGAAGAUGGAUAAGAAAUAUUCAACUGGAAAAGAAAUGCAGGCUAAAGUGCUGCGAUUAUUAGCUACAGUCUACCUGGAGUGGGACCUUGAACAGUAUCAAGACAGAGCUCUCAGGGCUAUCAACAUGGCCAAUGAGGAGAAUUUGCAUCCGGCUGGUUUUUUCUUGAAAAUUAAAAUUCUCCUGAAAGCUGGUGCACUAGAUAAAGAUGUUGGCACAGCUGCUGCUGAACUCCUACACCAUGGGUUUUCUUUGGAUAUCUGCCUGGACACAGCAAAACUGCUUCUGGAGUAUGAGAGGGAGGCCACAUGCUUCAGCUUCCUGAAGUCAGUUGCUCAGCUCUUUGCAAAAUCCCCGGAUGUUGGCAAAGUGAUUCUCCUUCACAUCGAACUCCUAUUACAGAGAAUGAAGGAACCGCUUGCCAAGACAAUGAUUGAAAGCAUCAUUGCAGGGCAUAGCACUGGGAUGCAGCUGCCACCGGAAAUACUGAACCGAUUGCACCUGGUUCUGUGGGACAGAGCUGCUAAGAACUAUGAGGCAAAAAACUAUUCAGAAACCCUUCAGUGGUACAGGUACUCCCUCAGCUUCUACUCAUCUGGGCAGACAGACUGCCAAAAUCUGGCCAAGCUGCACAGGAACAUGGCUGCCUGCUAUCUGCACUUGAAAGAAUUUGACAAGGCAAAGGAGGCAGUGAAGGAGGCAGAGAGACAUAACUCAAAUGGCACCUUCACUCAAUUCUAUGUGUAUAAAAUAGCAGUCCUGGAGAACAAUACCCAGAAAGCUUCUGACGCACUCAUUGCGAUGGAGGAAUCCGCCGCACAGUCGAGUCAGUGCGAAGACAGGCAGCUGACGGACAGAGCCGUGGCCACCAGCCUCAUGGGCUUAGCCGCGCAGUUUGCCCUGGAGAACGAUCAACAGCCUGUGGCCAUUAAAGCGUUGGGGUAUUUAUCUCAGCACUUGCAAGACUGCCAGCAAGCAUUGGCAGCCCUAAAAUGCUUGAUCCGGCUUGUGUUGUCCAAAGCGGCAGGGGAAUCUAAAGAGGAAGUUACUGAGGAUAUGAAGAUGCUUCUGACAUACUUGACUGCAGCUCGCCAUAGACUUGAAAAGCUGUUCAGAGAGGGGAAUGAAACCCUGGAAGCGAGAGCGAAUGAAGCUCAGUGGUUCAGGAAGAUAGCUUGGAAUUUGGCCGUCCAGUGUGAGAGCUGCCCGAGCACCAGGAGAGACCUCUUUGUCCGGUCGCUUGAGUUCUCCCAGUUUUGUCCUCCCGAUAAAGCUGUCCAGCUUGCCCAGAGAACAUGCCUGCUCAUGGCUGCCGCGAUCGAGCUCGACAUGGGACGGAGCGCCGUGUCACCUGCUGACCAGCAGACCAAGUUGCUGGUUCAAGCCCUUGAACAUGUCCAGUCGUGCAGGGAGAUCUGGAAGGGUUUGAAGCAAACAGGCGAGUUCCCCAGAGACCCAACAGACGCGCUUCUGCUGCUUUACGAAUUUGAGGCAAGAGCCAAGCUGAACGACACAGCUGUGGCCAGCCUGCUGGACCAGGUGUGGGAGCUGCCCCAGCUGGAGAGCAAGACCCUGGAAACCCUUGCAUCGUUGUCCAUGGAAGCACCAGCGCACUAUCCUUCACUAUGUAAGAGGGCCCUUAAGAUGCUUUUGACCCUUCUCAGGAAACAAGACGCCAUGGAUGUGGUCACCCUCAGCAAAUGCCUGCACAGCUUGGUCCACCUUUCCCUGCCGGCCGGCGUGAUCGAGGCGGGAGUGCACGCGCUGGAAGAAGCGUGGGGCUAUUUUGAGGAGGCGCUGAGCGUCCUGGGCAGCCCAGAGCUGCAGGCCGGCUACCCAGAGGUGGAGAUAGUCUGGCUCAUGACCCGGGCGUGGAACGCAGGCAUUCAGCAGCUGUGCGGGGGCGGCUGCCAGGAGGCAGAGCAGUGGUGCGGCCUUGGCAUGCGCUUCUUGGCUCACCUGGGGUCUCUGAAGAGCACCUAUGAGGAGCAGAUGAUUGGGCUCUAUGGCGAGGUGCUGAACAAGCUGGACAGACCGAAGGGGCGCCGGCCGAAGGAGGAGUGACGGCACGGAAGCCCACGCGGCGGCGGGCGAGCGGGGCUGGGCCAGGGAUGCCUGGGCAGCGGCACUGCAGCAGUGCGCGAGAACGCCUCGCUGGCCCUCGCCUCAGCGCUGCGCGCACCACUUCGCGAUGCUCCCGGAACUGGCCGUUGCCGGUCUUACGGGAACGCAGCGCCUUAUGUUUUCUAACCCAGCUGAGGCUCUCAGAACAUGCCGCAAUAAAAUGGUUCCAGUCUUCA